AUGAAUCACGUCGAGGAUAAUGACCCGUUUGCUGUCCAGGAGAACGUGAAAUACGUGACCUUUACCAGAACCAGUUCCACAGUGCUGGACACGUCGCAGGAGAAACAAAACCAUGGCAACGGCAAGAAGACCGACACAAACGCCAACCUCCCUCUUAGCAUAUAUCUCACGAACUUUGCCAACGAGGUCAGCAUUUUAGGACUGAAACAAGCCAUUAACCCCAAAUUCUCUCUGUUCCGACGGUUUAUAUGGGGCCUCUGCGUCAUGGGUGGAAUGAUCUGCAUGUUCUACCAUAUAUACAACCGCUUUGCCACGUUUGCUGGGAACCCGGUGUCCGUUAACAUCGCCGUACAUCACAAGGACUCGCUACAGUUUCCAACGGUGACAAUAUGCAAUAAUAACGUAUUCAAUGCCAGCUCCCUGUCCGCCAAUAACGAGUCUGGCGUGGCAUACAUGUACCCGCCCCACCGCCUGACACCAACGCCGUUUGCCAGUAGCGUGAACUGGACAGAUUUCCAUAUUAGGAAUGGAUAUGAAUUCGAGAACAUUUAUGGUGGCUUCUGCGCCUGGGGUGCUUCAAGCGGCUCGGUGUCCACCUGCUCGGCUGCCAAUUUUACUCCCGUGGUCACAGAAAUGGGGCUUUGCUAUCAGUUCAACUGGGGCGAUACCAACUUGAAAACGUGGGUAGAGGGGUCAUCUAACGGCCUCACUCUUCAUCUCUGGACCGCCCAAGAGGAGGCGCUGUCGUCGGUAUUUACAGCGGGAUACACGGUUCGCGUCCACAACCCUCACGAAUUCCCAGAGAUUCGGAGUCGCGGGCUCCUCGUGGCCCCCGGAGCCACUACCCAGCUGUCCAUUAAACAGGCUCGGGCUCAGAAUCUUCCGUCACCUUACGGUAACUGUAGAGACGGCAGUUUGACGUAUUUCAGAGAGUACUCCAAGGUUAACUGCAUGGCAGAAUGCAACCAUAAAAACAUAAUGCAGAAAUGCGGUUGUCGUCUGCACUACUAUCCCCCAGUGGCGGGAACGAGGGAAUGCUCCCCUUAUGACGUCUACACUUGCGUUGGUCAACAGCUUGUCAUCGACUCCGAUGAGAAGGCGGCCGCUUUAAACUGCGACUGUUCAGAGCCGUGCAGCGGAGUAUCAUACCAGCACGGAGUGACACACAGCCGGAUAUCCGACUCCUACGCAAAUUACUCCGCGACUAUAACUGGCAAGUCACCCGAAUACGUGAAAUCGAAUUAUGUCAUCUUAAAAGUGUAUUACUCUGAUUUAAGUUACCAGGAAACUAUACAAAGUGCUUCGUACCCAUUUCUGACACUUCUAGCAGAUAUAGGUGGCGCACUUGGGCUCGUCUUGGGCAUGACCAUGAUGACUCUGGUGGAGGUGGUCGAUUUCUGCUUCCAGCUGUGCUGGCUGCAGUUCUACAAAAGGAAAACUUAA